AGUCCGGGAGAGUCAGAGCAGCCGGCAGCCAUGUCACGAGCUGACUUGUUCGGUGUGGGGAAGGAGGAGCGGAAGAGGAGGUUGGAACGGUGCUUUGACUGGAGAGUGAGGAAGCUUGCAGACAAGUAUGUAUCGUGUGCACAUCUGAUCCCCGACACUCUGCUGCUGGCACGUGACAUUACGGACAAGCACUCCACCAGGUGGCAGGCCUACAGUACCAAGGCUGAGGUAAGCCACACUGUCGCCGGGCUGGUAUAUUAUCCGCUCAUGGCAGCCCUACAGGAUAUCAAUGACGCCGCCGCCGCCCGUUGUCGGCACUGUCAGCCCAACCAGCCCCUCAGAGUAGCCUCCAUGAAUCCAUCAGGCAGCAGUGCCGAGGGGCUAACGGACAGGUUAGUGGGCGUUGGUGGAACGUCUGAUUUUGAUGUGAUGUUCGAGUUCGACGGACCAUUCCAAUGGGCGGCACUCGGAAAGAGAGAGGAGCCGGCCGUUAUUACUCCACAGUCUGCACCGCAGCUGUGGGCUCGACCGACCAAAAACCCUGGAUUUGUGACGCUGCACUGGGUCAAGACGACAAAAUGCAGUCAUGAAAAGCCGCUGGAGGCCUUGCCGGCCGACUCCAUCCGCCAGCUAAUGGUGGAAUUAUGUCGGAUUAUGAAGGGCGGCAAAAUCAGCACCGCCGGACCAGCUGUCAACGUCAAGGAUCCAAAUGAUGUUACAGACGGUGGCACCGACUACGUGCCGUGCAUUCUUGUGCGCGGGUGGUGGCCGGCUGAAGACCAGCUCGACGGCUGCCACCUGGAGGUGGACUUCCCGCCAGCAGCGGCGAGGGCUGACAUCAGACGAUUCGGAGUACACCUUGUGCCGACCGGCCGGCCCGGCAGCGACAACGAGUUUAUCGAGUUUCGGAUUUCCUACUCACGGGCGGAGGUGAUCACGGUUCGAUAUUUUGCUCCAGUCAUACGAGCGACUAUUGUGGCAGUAAAAGCCAUGAAAAAUACUUUGAAAAAGAGCGAGAGCGAAGAUUUGCCAUUAAAAUCAUACUUUAUAAAAACGGCCGGGCUGUGGCUGGCUCAAACCACGCCAGCCUCGAUGUGGAAAGGCGUCACCGACGGUGUCAACAAAAUACUUGACUGGCUGGAGGACAAAUUGAACGCCGGGAAAAUUCCGUGUUUUUUUCGAUCAUAACAUCGAUGUGGCAGCUGAGCUCAGCAACGUAGAACGGCGGGCUAUCAUUGACGCAGUACGGCUGAUGAGGGAGCAUGUCACGCAUCUUCUGAUGGCAAGCUGUGUGGAUCAGUGGGACGUGGAUCUGCUGCUGGAGGGCGGGCUAGAGCCGCUCACAGAGCGCCAGCUGGAGUCCCAGCUGCGGCUCCGACUAGGAAGGACGCUUGUCCGACAGGCUGUGGUUGAGGGUGUCCGUUUCCGCCACACAGCUCCGUGCUGGGUGAGCUGGUGGAAGAAUAACAUCCCUCCGCUGGUCCGCACAGCCCCACUUCUACUACAAUGGUGGCAUUACGCCAAAUCAGGAACAUACCGGCAGCAAUGUUAUCUGUUCAUGGCAUGGGUAGUGCUCGACUCGGCAGACCUGGUGGCCGGGACGCCGAUGACGUCACCGGUCAGCGACAUCGUGACGCUGGACGUAGCCCCCCUGAUACAACUCCUCACCAGAUCCGACUUGGAGAUUCUGCUUGGUUACCCGGACAAGGUGGCCACCUGGUGGCGUCAGCAGCUGCGGCGGCCGCUGGAGGAACGGCCGACUGGACUAACCGCCGAGCUGGACACGCCGCGGGGCCGUGCCGAGCUGCUGCUGCGUCCCGAGCUGCUACUGCAGGCUGUGCGAGUGAACGUACCGGGUAAGAUGGACCAGUGGCGGGAUAUAGACCGGGCAGAGGAGAACAGGUGGAUGAAAAACUACCGACCCAUACGUUCCUACCAGGAGAUCCGGAAGGAGAUGGAGCGGCACAUCAACAUUAACCUUCGCCCUGGUGGGGGGGGGGACCAUUUUGGCCCCCCCCCCCCUGUGGUUUUUCAGCGAUAACUCAGAAACCACUUGAGUUAGCGCCCUGAAACUUUGUAUAGCUGUUUAUUCAACAUUUUUACAUCAUGUUCUUUUUUGGGGGGUUCGGGUCAGGUCAGGUCAGGUCACAAGGUCACCAAAACUGACACCACCUCUAAAAAAGUUCAAAGCUCUCUCAAAGGCACAGCUUUUAUCCGAUCUAUGUAAAAUUUACAGUACUUGAAGAUGUCACCCAGCUCUACAAAAUGGCUAUCUCGGAUUUUUUAUAAAUGUGACCUAAGGUCAGGUCAGGUCAUCGCUGCUCCCCAUUAUAAGUCAAUGGGAGAAUCGAAAAGUAGUUGUUUUUCAGCUAAAUCGGGCGUGAUUGUUCCUAUAUUUCGUUAUUGAAGUGUCUUGGGUCAGCAAAUCACAGCCCAUGUGAAACCAUUUGCUUGUGACCUCGCUGAGGUCACGCUAGGUCAUCUCCCUGGUCACCAGAGGUCACCAGCGGUUUUUCUGCACUUACUUGUUAUUGAAUAGAGAUAGAGACUCCGUUCGACGUUUAUCGUGUUUGUCUCGUCAAUGCGGAUCGAAUGAUAUGCAGCAUGACCUAUUUCGGUAAGGUCAUGACCUUGACCUGAGGUCAAAUUUUCAAAAUGACCUUUCGAGGUCAAACUAUAUAUCAUUCGACGCGUCUCGACGAGCCAAGCACGAUGGUGCAUGAAUCGUUUCUCUAUUUUCUCGUGAAUGCAUGCUAUAGUUAAAAACAUUUUCAACGAAAUUUGCCAAGUUGACCUUGCAUGACCUCUGUAGGCCAAACCGUUGAGCUGAGGUCAAAUCUGACGAGCCUUGGCGAAAGAGCUUGAAAAGAGCUAUCGAUUGCUUUUUUUCCGCGGCUCUCUAGCUCUUCUAGUUUCCGAGCUACAGCGGAAUAUGUCCGGCAACACCGAAAACACUGAAAUUUGACCUAUGAUGACCUCUAGCGACCUCAAUAUUGACCUUAGCGAAAAAAUGACCGAAAUACUUUCGAACGUACUUGUUAUGGGCUUUCGUUUGCUUUUUUCCGCGUCUUCCUAGCCCUCUUCGUUUUCGAGUUAGACGGGGGGGUCAUUUUGGCCCCCCCCACCAGGGCGAAGGUGGCUCAGACCCACACCAGGGCGCGGGUUAACCUGCAUGAGUGGCUCCGUGUCAAACUACCAGAGAUGGACGCCGCGUAUGUGGACGCCACGGUCGGCCUCUGGCGCCGCCGACUGCAGCAGCUGCUGUCCGGUGACCGGCUGCGGACGAUAUACAACGCUAUCACCGGCUGGUGGCCGGACCGGUGGGAGAUGACGUCUUACUACAUGGCGGUGCACGAGGCCGACUCAGAGGAUUCGGAGCAUGACGACGACGGUCAGGCCGGUGGCGAGGAGCGGCGCAGCGCAGACGAGGACCAGACAUCAGGGGGUCUGCCCAGCCCUCAGCGAGAGAAAUGGCAGCAGCUGGAGCGACAGCACCAGCAGCUGUGGCAGCAGCUGGAGCGGCGGGGUCACGGGGAAAGGAGGAGUCUCAACCAGCAGCAUGAUGAGGAGCGCCGGCGUCUGGAGCGGAUUCAUGACAGAAAGUGGCGGAGCAUGGAAAUGCGGCACCAUGACGAGCGGAAAACACUCCAACAGCGGCACGAGAGUGUUAACAGGUGCGUGGAGCUACAGUAUCAGGGACAGGCGCAGCAAGAGAAACGUCUGAGGCAGUUGGAGCUGCUGGACCGGAGAAACCGAAGGCAGUGCGCGGUACUGGAGCGACAGCAUCAAAUAGAGUGGGGAGACCUGGAGCAGAAGGUCCACACGCAGUGGAACAAACUGAAACAGAAACACCUCAGGGAGUCACAAGAGCUGGAGGAGAGAUACCCGAACAUGCAGUCCGGGGAGGAGCUGGAUCAGUUGAUGGAGGAGUGCAGCAGGAGGCGUCGGCAGCUGCGGAAGGAGCUGGAGAAGGAGCUGGAGAAGGAGAUGGAGAAGGAGAAGGAGCUGGAGAAGGUACUGGAGAAGGGGAAGGAGAGGGAGAGGGAGAAGGAGAAGGAGAUGGAGAAGGAGAAGGAGAGGGAAAAGGAAAGCAGGAAGGUGCAGGAGAAGAACCUCAAAGUGAAGAAGGAGGAGGAAAAGCCAGUUGAGCGUGACAAGCAAAAGCGACAACAACGACGACGACAACAACAACAGCAACAUCAACAACAACAACAGCAACAACUACAAGAACAACAACAACAACAAGAACAACGACGACAACAUGAACCAGAACCACGACAGCAGGAGCGGCAGCCGAGCCGGCGCUGUCAACACCUGCGGAACCUGAUAGAGGUGACGCGAAGACACCGCCAGCAGCUCAUCCAGCUCCAGGAGCGGCACAACCAGGAGCUGGAGGAGCAGAGGAGACGUCACCGGCAGGAGUGCAGGAUCUGGAGCGGCGCCUCAGCCGCCGGCGGCACGGCCAGGAGCGGCGCCACCCACAGUGACCGGCGUGAGGACAUCAGCAGAGUCGGGGACCAACCCAAGGAGUCUCCAACUAUGGAGGUCAAGUGGAGCGCGAGGGAUCAGUUGCAUCAGAAAAUAUGAAAAUUAGUCGCCUGUAUGGAUACUGAAGUUGGAAAAGGAAACAUGUAGGGUAGACCGGGGCAAGUCGCCCCGCCGAGGUAAAACGCCUCACCGAUGUUUCUCGGAAGUGGCAGAUUUCUGGGGAAACAUCCUCUCUUCUAUAAAACGUGCACUAUAUGAUCAUUAUAUGAACAGACUGGAAAGAAAUUGUGUUGACUUUUUCGGGCGAUAUAGCCAAAAAUGUGUUUUUUGAGUGAUUUUUAUGUUUUGUUGUCAGAUUAUGCAUCAUGGCGUUCUUUUAUGGUCCACAUCAGGUUAACGACUUUUAUGUAUUUUGAACAACUAUUGUUUAACGCUUAUCAUGCCGGGUUGGUUCGUGUUAAAUUAUGUCUUGCUGGAGUGCAAAGCGUUGUUCUCUGACCGAACUACGUGAUGGAGUAAAACGCCCCAGUAGGUCGCGGGGCAAAAAGCCCCAUGGGGCGUUUUACCCCAUGUGUUGUUCGGGCUACCCACUUUCUAAUGUUCGGUAGCUGGCGAACAGUAAGUUUCUAUGCCUUUUUGUGUAUUUUUCUCAGCAACUGGAUGGCAAAGGAAGCAUUCUGUAAACCUUUGCAUUGCAAUAAUUUAUUAUUUGGUUCUUUGAGGCAGGUGAAAAACCUGCUCAUACAAUAGUGUCAUAGCUGAACACCUGACAGGAUGGAAUGUGCUAACUUCAGUGCCGUGCCUCCAGAGGUCUAACGGACCUCUCAUAUAAGAUUUAGCCAACUACCAUGUUUAAUCUUUAAUCUAGAGUAUGGGGCUUCUUGCCCCAGGCCGUGGGCGUUUUGCCCUGGGGCUGGGGCAAAAUGCCCCAUUUGCAGUUGCUUCACAAAUCGCUUCCUAGCUGGGAGUCCGAUCAUAGGUGAAAUAAUUUGAGGGGUGGAAUUUAAAGUAAAAUGUCCAAAGAACGCAUUGAGCACAAAUUUAGCCUUCCAGGUCAUGUGGGACAAAAGUUAUGUAGCAAAAUAAAUUAUCUGGGGCGUCUUGCCCCAGGCUACCCUACAUUUUUACAUUACAGCAUGUGAGAAACGUAUGUGAGAAACGUUACCGCAAACUGAGAAACGUAAAAAUAUGCAUAUUAUAUAUGCUACAGUGCCGGUGUCAUUUUACAAAACACGGCUGUAUUAGCAAUGUAAAUAGCGUGUGUAGACACGUAAGUGUAUGAUAUAUGACGUGUGUUUUUCACCAUCACACACUGAGAUGAUAAAAUCCUUCUGAGUGAGCAUCAUUGAGUCCUUCUAUGAGUAUUAUUGUGUCCUUCUAUGGAUUGUGCCAUCGAGGUCGGCCGAGUCAAAUGUACUGCUGUUUUUAUGUCAUUCUUUCCAUGACAUGCAAUGCAUCCAUUGUGCAUUGUUGUAACAGUAUUGUAAAUACUAUGACGUCAUCAACCGUUCCCAUCGACUUCUUUCGGUGCCCCAAAAAAGGCCCACUCUCGGUGAGGUAGUGGGAAUCUGAACCAGUAUCAAUCUUGUACCAGAAUCUGAACCAUUAUAAUAAUACCGUUGGAUGCGGAGAUUACGGGAUCAAAUCAGCAUCAGUGAAACAGACUGUGGAGAUGUGGGGUGUGGAGAUUUAGGGGGGUUUGUUUUACUGGGGUAUGGCGAGGAGAGAAUACAGGUGGAGAGGAGA